AUGAAAACUGAAAGGAUUGAAUGGCCGAGAAUUUUAACAAUUUAUAUAUCUGAUCGGCAGAUUUUAGGAGAAAUCCCAGAAAUGCUGAAUCUUGAAAAUAAUAGUUACCAAAUUUUUGGAGUAAUAUAACUCCUUGCAAAUUUUGCAAAGGAACUCUCUACGCGUGAAAUUGUCAUUUUUGUGAAAUUUUAAUGCAAAUUUUUUAGAAUAUAACUAUGGUGUCUCCAUAUGUGAAAUAAAAUUCAGUGCGUGGUGUGCAUUUGCAAAAUUUACAAGGAUUAUAUGUUAUAGGCAAACCCUAUGUAUUGCCCUAUAAGGGCAGGAUAUUGGAGCUGGAAACUCUGCAGUGGUUGGACCAACUGGCAAGAGGUCCUUUUGCAAAUCUCCAAUUGGUUUGACCAGACUGAGCUGGUCCAGCCACUGGAGAGUUUCCAGCUCCAAUGUCCUGCUCUUAUAGGGCAGUUAUUAUGGAUACCAUUUCAUAGCAUUUACUAAGACCCCCUCUAUGAGCGAGCAAAACCAUUAAAAAAAUCCUUAUUUUUUGCCCAAAAACCCACCAAUAAAAAUUGUUUUUAAAAGAAAAAUAUUUAAAAAAAAAUUUUAUAAAUAAGUGAUAAUUAUUAUAUUAAAAAUCUCUAGCUGAUUCUGUUUUAUUUUUAACAGCUUCAUUUUAAAACAUAUAUUUUACAAAUUAUAUUAAUAUUUGCUUUCCAAUUUGGAUUCGAAAAAAAAUUUUACUAUAAAAUUUAUAUAUAGAUUAACCCCCAUAAGCGAACAAAAUUUUUUGUUCGCUCACGGAGAAGGGAGUAAGAAAUGAUGAAAAUGAAUGGGAGAAGUAUGAUGACUCUGAAGUAAGUAAAAAGGAUCCUGAUUGGGGUAGACUUUUCCUUGCAUUUUAUAAGAAAAACUAA